AUGAAUUCAAUGUUAAACAACAGUAACUCGACAAACCGUCCAUCGAUGUCAAAUACUCAACCAGCUCCAGACCUUACUUAUAGUCAUGUUCUAAUGGGCAUCAUUGGAGGAAUGUGUAUCAUUACCAAUGCCUUCAUUUUCAUAACCAUCGUUCGACGAAAAAAGCUGCGUACUCCUGCCAAUGAUAUCUUGCAAAGUAUGUUUAUCAGUGGAUUUUUAUUUGGUGCUGUUUACAUUCUACCGAAAUGGACCAAUUUGGAAUAUUUAAGAUGGCCAAUCUACUGUUCAUUAUCAGGUCCAAUUGGUGUACACUUUACGCUAAUUUUCAAUUUUCAUCAGUGCCUUAUCUGUAUUGAUAAGUUGCUUGCCUUGCGAUGGCCAUUAAAAUAUCGUAUCUCCAUUAGCCAUUGCAAAAUGAUCACAGUCAUUAUUGUGAUAUGGUUGGUGGCAGCUUUUGCUGCGUUCUCACCUUUAAUGUUUUUCAGACCUAUCAGCAAUGUCUAUUGCAUUCAAAGAAGCAGGGAUAUGGAAAAGGAAGCUUUAUAUUUAAAGAUUAUUUACGGUCUAGUCUUCUUUGUGCCUCUCAUUCUGAUGGUUAUUUCCUACACUGGUAACAUAUAUCAUUGGAAGAGUGCUAGCUUGCUCUUUGAAUUGAGAUCAAUGUCAUCUCUGAUAUCAUUCUUGAAUAUAAGCUGGAGAAUGCCGGUGAUGUCCGAGAGUACUGGAGAGAAAACAAAAAAAUCUAGAUCGAAUUAUAUUAUUAAUGCAGCCAUUAAAAUAUCAGAUAUAAAUAGAAAGUUUUCAGUUUAUCCCUGUAGUUGUUUUCGCGGCGAACCUACAAAUUACAGAGCACCCUUAAUUUAA